AUGGCGCUGGGCAAUGAGUCCCAGGACGUGGCGCUGACCGCAUCUGCCAGCACCCGCCGCAACGUGCUGGACCUGGACGAUUUCUCUGCAGAAGAAAUCACGUCAGUCCUGGACGAUACGGGAGCCAUGGUUGAGGUGCUGCGGCGGGACAUCAAGAAGGUGCCCACCCUGCGGGGCCGUGUCGUCGUCACCAUGUUCUACGAGUCCAGCACCCGCACCCGCAUCUCCUUCGAGGAAGCGGGCAAGGUGCUCAGUGCCGACGUCAUCAAUAUGUCCAGUUCCGGCAGCAGCGUGGACAAGGGAGAGUCGCUGCUGAACACGGGCCUCACGAUACAGGCCAUGGGCGUGGACGUGGUGAUCAUCAGGCACCCCCACUCGGGAGCCCCAUAUUUGCUGGCCCGCCAUCUGCCCCAGGUAUCGGUUAUUAACGCCGGAGACGGCAUGCACGCCCAUCCCACGCAGGCUUUGUUGGACCUUUACACCAUGCGGGAAAAACUGGGCAGCCUGGGUGGCAGCAAGGUGGUCAUCGUGGGCGACGUGCUGCACAGCCGGGUGGCCCGCUCCGAUCUGUGGGGUCUGACCAGGAUGGGCGCGCAGGUCACGUUGUGCGGCCCAACCACCCUGAUCCCCCUGGACCUGCUCAGUGGGAGGGACGAACUGGAAGAAGACCAUCCCUUCGCCCACGUUGACGUGGACACCGACCUGGACCGGGCCAUCGAGGGCGCCGACGUGGUCAUGGCUCUGCGCCUCCAGUCGGAACGACAGCAGAGCGGCUUCCUGCCCAGCCUGCGCGAGUACAUCCGCCGCUGGCAGGUAACCGAGGAACGUUUGGCUCGGGCCAAGCCUGGGGCCCUGGUGAUGCACCCCGGCCCAAUGAACGAAGGCGUGGAGAUAAGCACCGCCCUGGCCCACGGGGAAAGCUCGGUAAUUGAAGAGCAGGUAACCAACGGCGUGGCCGUUCGCAUGGCCCUCCUUUACCGCCUCUGCGCCGGCCGAGGAAACCGGAUAGGAGAACCAGGACCGGUAUUGAUCAAAGGAGCCCGAAUCGUUGACCCCGGACGCGGGGUCGACGCCGUCGGAGACGUCUUGACCCAGGAAGGGCGGAUCGCCUCGGCAGGCCCUACCUUGUCCCCUUCGGACGUGCCCGACGGUACUCACUCCAUCCCGGCCAACGGACUGGUGCUGGCGCCCGGGUUUAUCGACCUCCACUCCCACCUGCGGGAACCAGGUUAUGAAUACAAGGAGACCAUCGCAACCGGCACCGCCGCGGCAGCGCGCGGCGGGUUCACCACCGUGUGCUGCAUGCCCAACACCGACCCGGCCAUCGACAACGAGGCGGUGGUGGAACUGGUAAAGCGGCGGGCCGAGUCCGACGGGGUGGUUCGGGUCUUUCCCAUCGGCUGCGUUACCAAGGGUCGCAAGGGCCGCGAACUGGCGGAGAUGGAAGAACUGGCCGCCGCCGGGGUGGUGGCCUACAGCGACGACGGCGACCCGGUCUACGACCACAACCUGAUGCGCCUGGCCCUCACCUACACCCUGGACCUAGGCAUGCCCAUCAGCAACCACUGCCAGGAACACAGCCUUUGUCCCCGCGGGGUAAUGGCCGAGGGCUGGACUGCCACCCGACUGGGCCUGCCCGGCAUUCCGGCCGCCGCCGAGGAAUCAAUGGUGGCCCGGGACCUGGCCCUGGCGGAAAUGACCGGCGGCUGGCUCCACCUUGCUCACCUGAGCACCGCCGGGUCAGUAGACCUGGUGCGGCAGGCAAAGAAUCGGGGAGUCUCCGUCACCUGCGAGGUUUGCCCGCACCACCUGUUCAUUACCGACGAGUGGGCUCUUGGCUACCAGGGCGAUAAGGGCCGCGCCGCGGGGCCCCUCAACUACGACACGUCCACCAAGGUAUAUCCCCCGCUCCGCAGCCAGACUGACGUAGAGGCGCUGAUUGCCGGGCUGGCCGAAGGGGUAAUCGACUGCAUCGCCACCGACCACGCGCCCCACGAGGUUGCCAGCAAGCAGGUCACCUACGAGGAGGCUUCUUUUGGGAUAAGUGUCCUCGAAACGGCCCUGGGCUCGCUGAUGUCCCUGGUCCACCACGGGCGAAUUUCCUUGAGCACCCUGGUUGCCCGCCUUACGGUUGGCCCCUCUCGGGUACUGGGGCCCAGCUUCGAGAAAUACGCCACCCUGGAAGCAGGCUCUCCGGCGGACCUGGUGCUGCUUGACCCCGACGCCGAGUGGACCGUAGACACCCGGCAGUUUGCCUCCAAGGGCAAGAACACGCCGCUGGAGGGCGUGUCCCUCAAGGGCCGUGUGACCUCCACCAUGGUUGACGGCCGGCUCGUGUACCAGGACUACGGAGUUUAG